AUGUUGGACUCUUCUAUUGUUGCCACGAGUCUGUAUACGAUCGGCGCAGAAUUUGAAUCCAUGGAUCUCAUCAACUGGGUCGCGUUGGCUUACACGCUCACCUACCUGAGCUGUGCAGUACUGUUUGCUCGAGUCUCCGAUGUUAUCGGGCGUCGCAAUGCUUUCUUGGCAAGCUUCGUCAUCUUCUUCUGCUUCUCCCUUGGCUGCGGCUUUUCUCAGAACCUUGAGCAGUUGAUCGCAUGCCGCGCACUACAAGGCUUAGGCGGCUCUGGUUUGUACUCCAUUACUAUGAUCAUAUUCCCAGAGGUCAGCCCGAAGCAUCUGCGCCAGCAUAUCGCCAGCCUCGUGGGAAUGGUGAUCGCUAGUGCUGGUGUUCUUGGACCCGUACUUGGCGGCAUCUUAACGCAUUACACCUCUUGGCGAUGGAUUUUCUGGAUCAAUGGUCCAGUUGGAUUUGUAUCCAUGGUCGUUUUCUACUUGACUUGGCCCCAGGCUGAGCACCUCCCAAGCCUGCAACGUCGAACUUGGAAAGAACUAGACUUUGUUGGGUCCUUCCUCCUCGUGGCUGGCUCCGUGCUCGUUGUUUUCUCGUUUCAGAACGUUGGCUCGGAUGGAGACAAGUGGCAUCGGGCUAUUUUCAUAGUCCCGGUGACUGUAGGUGUCUUCUCCUUCAUUGCCUUGGUGAGCUGGGAGACACUCGUAGCUCGGUUCUGGGACAAGCGCGUUAUGGCGGCAAUUCCGAUUCGACUGCUACGAAACCACGUGUACGUCGCUGCUAUGCUACACACCAUGUUUCUGGGAUUUCCGUACCUGCUUGUUGUCUACGCCUUCCCUGUUCACCUGCAGAUCGUCAACAACAAAAGCUCCUUGCUCGCCGGCAUACUUCUCCUGCCGAUGCUAGGAUCCGUCGCUCUAGGCAGCACUCUUGGCGGCCUGGUGAGCAAGAACAGAAACCUUCUCUUUGAGACUCUGCUCACCGCAAGUUGUUUCAUGACACUGGGUUGCGGACUGUUAACAACAUUAUCACCGUCGGCUGAGCUGGAGCCGAAGGCACUAGGUUUCCUAACCCUGAUCGGCUUCGGAUUUGGAUUGUCGGCAACAUCGGCCACUAUCCUCGGCACAACAGAAUCCGAGAUUCCGGACCAUGUCCGCUCGCUGUCUUCUACGCUCUGCUCUCGUCAUCACCUUCGUCUAUCGUCCACCUUCCAGACCAUCUUCAACAAGAGCCACAUCAGAACCAUCAUGUCUGCCACCGCUGCCGCCAGACGCCUUGAGGGCAAGACGGUGCUUAUCACUGGCGCCUCCAGUGGUAUUGGAAAGAGCACUGCCUUUGAAUACGCGCGGACGUCGCCCAAUAAUUUGAAGCUCAUUCUCACAGCCCGUCGUAUCGACAGUUUGAAAGAGAUCGCCGCAAAGAUCAACGAGGAGGUCGGAAAUGGCGUCAAGAUUCAUCCUGUCAAAUUGGACGUCAGCAACCCGGAGGAGGUCCGCCAGCUUGUGCCCAACCUACCCGAGGAUUUCAAAGACAUCAGCAUCCUGGUGAACAACGCAGGUCUCGUCAAGGGCGUCGCAAAAGCCCCUGAAAUUGCCGAGGAGGACAUCAAUGUAAUGUUCGCAACCAACGUCACUGGUCUUAUCAACAUCACCCAGGCCAUUCUGCCCAUUUUCAAGGCGAGGCCCGACGGUGGCGGCGGUGACAUUAUUAACAUUGGUUCUAUUGCCGGUCGCGAGCCCUACCCGGGUGGUUCUAUUUACUGUGCCACCAAGGCUGCUGUGCGUAGCUUCACGGACAGUCUGAGAAAGGAGCUCAUUGCCACUCGCAUCCGCGUCAUCGAAAUUGAUCCCGGACAGGUUGAGACUGAAUUCUCCGUCGUCCGCUUCUAUGGUGACAAGUCCAAGGCCGACGCCGUCUAUGCCGGCUGCGAGCCACUGACUCCCGACGACAUUGCCGAAGUAGUCGUUUUUACCAGCACGCGCCGGGAGAACGUGGUUGUGGCAGACACCCUCAUCUUCCCCCAGCACCAAGGUGCUGCUGGUAUCCUCCAUCGCAAGUCUUGA